GGUAGUAUAGGGAAGAAUCUGGUGUAUGUGAUAUUGACAACUGUAUUUUGUUUGAACAGUUUUUCAUAAAACCGUAGUGCAGUGUUCGUAUGAAAAGUGAAAUAUUACUUCUAACUCUAUGUCUACUAGUUAAGGCAAUAUAAUUAUUUAAUAGCCUAUUUGUUUAACUGAAGGUGUGGCUAUUAAAUCAUCCAAAUGUGGCCCUAUCUGGCAUAUUUCUUUAGGGAAGGGUUGUGAAAUUGAUUUGUUUAGUUAGAAUAUUGAAUUAUAUAUUGGAAUAAAUAGUAAUCAAGUCUUUUUAGUUUGUUAAUUUCUGUGGAAAUCAAACAUAAAAAGUUCCUUAAUAGCUCAACCAAGAAUGUCACCAAUGAAUGGCAAUAGUAAUAAUAACAAUUCCUCAUCAGCAGCUGCAAAAACCACAUCUCCAACUCCAACACAAUGGCAUACUUUGGCCAAAAGCAAAGACAGUUCUCCAGACAAAACAUAUUCAAACCGUUAUUUCCCAGUUAAAGUCCUUCAAAAUCUGAAUAUUCUUAGGCAAAAUAGCAGAUUUUGUGAUGUCUCUAUUGUGGCUGGAGGAAAAAUGAUGAAGGUACAUCGAGCCAUACUCUCUGCCAGUAGUCCAUACUUUCAGGCGAUGUUUUCCAAUGGAUUGGUCGAGGAACAAAAGGAUACCAUAGAAUUACAUUCAAUCUCUCCCUACAUCCUCAAUUUACUUGUAGACUUCAUUUAUACAGGUGAAAUAACAAUAAAUCAAGAGAACGUUCAAGACCUGAUAGUUGCUGCUGACAUGUUAGAGCUGAACGAAGUUGUGUUGGGGUGCACAGAAUUCCUCAAACAAGAGUUACACCACACAAAUGCCAUAGGAAUCUACAGGUUCGCAGAUGCUCACAACUGUGCUGAGAUGCGGACAACAGCUCUAAACUACAUCCAGAACCACUUUCCCCACAUUUACCAAGAGGAAGAGUUCCUGGAACUGCCCAAGGAUCAGCUGGUCUUCUUCCUAUCCAGUGAACACCUGAGGGUUGACAGUGAGUUUCAGGUGUUCCAGGCAGCCCUGCGUUGGAUCUCCCACGAUAUAGAGCAGCGCAAGCGUUACGUGUUCGAACUCCUGACACACGUACGCCUGCCACUGUUAUCUGUGUGCCUUCUUGAGAAAACUAUCGUUGAAUGUACUGACAUUAGUUUAAAGGUCGCUUUAAGAAGUAUUAGAAAUGAUCUGUUAAUGCGGAAAGGUAACUUGGUUCCUCUAUCAGUCUUCCCUCGGCUCUGUGCGAAAAAGGACAUUUUUGUGAUUGGCGGCUCAAAGCGAGAACUGAUGAGUGCUUGGACCAGGUCAUCGGAGUGUACGUUCGAGUCAGUUGAACGGUUUUUGACACAUUCAGAAGGUAAGAGGUGGUACCAAGUGGCUCCGAUGGGCAUAGGCCGGAUACUACCCGGAGUAGCAGCACUCAACGGCCGGAUAUAUGUUGUGGGAGGAGAGCAAGAGUCCCAGAUCCUGGCAAACGGGGAGGUGUACGAUCCUACCGAGGACAAAUGGACAGCCGUCGCCAACAUGGUGGUGCCGCGCUGUGAGUUCGGCCUGUGUGCUCUCAACGGAGACUUGUACGCAGUCGGAGGCUGGGUGGGGGAGGACAUCGGAGGAUCUAUUGAGAGGUACGACCCAACAGUCGACGAGUGGACGUUGCAGGGACAGUUGCCGGAACCUAGGUUCAGCAUGGGAGUGGUUUCUUAUGAAGGUCUGAUCUACGUUGUUGGUGGCUGUAUACACAGUCGUAGGCACCUGCAGGAUCUGUUGUGUUUCAAUCCGGUGACAAGAGAGUGGACACCGCUCGCUCCCAUGCUGGUGCCCCGCUCACAGAUGGGAGUGGCAGUGCUGGACGGCUUCCUCUACGUUGUCGGAGGCACCAACAAGCAGAACGAGGUGCUCCAGUCGGUCGAGCGAUACUCAUUCGAGCAGAACAAGUGGAGUGAAGUGGCAUCGAUGAAGGUCGGGAGGGCGAGUCCAGCAGUGGCGUCAGCCGAUGGUCUUCUCUACGUGAUUGGUGGCGACCAGACUCACGAGGUCAACUUCUACCGGGCCCAGAUCACCAUUGCCGAUGUUGAGUGUUACGAUCCUCUUGUCAACAUUUGGUCAGACUGUCCACCAUUGCCGGAGAGUCGGAGUGAGGCCGGCGCAGUUGUCAUUUGAUAGUAAAACGAGUUAUGCCAAGGUCUGUCCUCCUCUGUAAAUAGCCGCCAACGCUGCUGCUGCGUUGUUAGUUGUAAGAAAGACCAAAGAUUUUGCUAAGGCUAGGUGUUUGAGUUCAAACUACAAGAUCUGAAUCGAUUUUAGUCAACUGUGUUUUUCUUUGUAAAAUGUUUAUAAUUUGGUGUUUAUUUUGCAGCUAUUUUACUGCCUCAAAAGUCCAAUGUUUUAUGGAUGUCUAGUAGAAUUUUUCUUUUGUGUUUGGUUAAGCUCAUGCAAUUUCUUUUGUAUGGAAGAGAAAGUUAGGAACUCCAACAAGCUCUACUAUUAGAAAAGUUUAGAAAGAAAAAAUUACCUUGCUUUUGUACAUUCAGUCUGUUGAGUGAGAAGUUUUUUCAAGAAAUUAUUAUUUUAUAAAUGGUUACAUUGUAAUAAUCAGAAAUGAGUUAUUUUUAAUUUUAAGAAAAUAUUGUAAUAAGCAUUUCAGAACUGAUAGUUAUAAUAGAUAAGGUGGUGUAAGCAUACAAAUAAUAAUUCACAAAGCAUUGUUUAAUAUUUGGUUCUGUUUGGGUUUCAUUUGAAAGUAAUGUAACGUUUUUAAUUAAUCAUGAGUUAAAAAGCAGUAAUCAAGUUUGCGAAGUUUUAAGUUUGGUUUCACAGAAUUUGGAAGACACUGGGCCCUAAAACAAUAAAUUAAUAGGUAUGUCAACCUUUUAAGAAGACAUGGAAACUAUAUUAAAAACCACUGCACCAACUUUGACGAUCUCUGUCCACUAUAUUAUGCAGCACAUGUUCACUCUAUGAAAGCUCAGAGCGUAAAAAGUGCAUGUUGACCUCAUCCUGUAUAAUCUAGAAUAUGGAAGUUCCUAAUCACCGAAACAAGUAAUAACAGUAGAAGCACCCAGAAACAAGGUUAGACACCUAGGAUCGGCAGACGACACGACCAGCUGUUGCUAAAGUCAGGAAGAUUCCUAGGGGCAUAUCUCCUCAGCCACAAGGACAUCAGAGAAUAGGAGCCCUCAAAUCUGAUCGGCUUCUGUAAAAGUCUCAGAUUCUGAGGAUACAAAUAUAAGUUAUGGAGGUGCAAAGGUCCUUUUAGGACUAAGUGGGGGGACAAUCGUCUCUUUUCCUCAGGAAAAAAAAGGUUAGGAAGAAGUCUUGCUUGGCACAACUACCGACCCAAUUACCAACCAACAAAAUAAAAUUGGCAGACGCCACAUGUUUGUCUUUGAGUAUUAACUGUUUACUAAUUUAUCAUGGUUACUUCAUGGAUAGUGCAGUCUGGAAGGAAUAAAUCUGAUUGAAGAGCACACCACACUAUGAAAUUAGUCAAACUUUAAAUGAAUAACGUAGGCCCGAUUUCGAAGAAAAACAUCUCUUGUGUUUCAAACAAGUUACAUUGCUUUUAUACGUAUAUUUUUCAAGUAUUUUGGAGGGAGAGUCCCUCUCACCCGUCCCCCUUAGUUAUGCAAUUGGAAUACUGACACUUGGUGCUAAAGUAUUGUAAAAUUUUGAGUAGGUCUGACAACCUUAAUAGAUCAGACUAUCUACCUAUAGGAAAUUUUAUCUGGAUCAAGAAAAUGUUAGCAAGUUCAUUUAAUUUAGUUGUUUUCUUAUUCGGUAAGUUGUAAAUUAGAAGUAUGUUUCCCAUUUUAUUAUCCUAAAACUUAAUAACAUUUUUUCCGAUUUGAUUGUUUGACAAGGUUUUUAAUUUUUAAAAUAAUUUUUCUAUUUUAUAGUUGUCGUGUAAGGUUUAUAUGUGUAUUUCUGAAAAGAAAUAAAACAAAUUAAAUUUUAAUCAAUUGUAUUAAAAGACAUCUACAGGAGAUAUAAAAAAUGUGACAAAACCUCCGGUCAGUUGGUUAAAAUUUUUUUCAGAAAAAUGUGUUUCCUAACUAAAGGGGAAAAACGUCAAAAGAAUUGAAUAGUAACCAAUUUUAAUAAUUGAGAGAUUUUUUUAAAUGAAUGAAUAAAACUCAUCUUGAAAACAAGAUAUCCAACAAAUUCCAAAUAAUUGUCAAUUCCCCAAAAGUCUACAUUGUGAAGUAAAUAAGAUAUGGCCAGUAUACAAUUGUGAGUGACCCCUCAUAUGAGGCAAAUCCCAGUUAGAUUACGUAAAAAUUAAAAAAAAAAAAACAAUUACAUCACUUUAUUUAAAACUAGUAAAUGCCAAGCGAGCAAUGUUGUUAGAUAGGAUAUGGCAGUAUUGGUCAAUGAAAUGGCAUUACUGGUGCAAGACUGUAUCUAACCUAACCUCUUGAAAAUCACCAUAUGGCUACUCAUUUCACUCAGUAUACCUGAGUCGGAAACUUUGGAUUUUAUUUGGUUAACUUUGUGUUAAAAGGAGGAAUAACAGUUUGGAUUGCAAUGAUGUUGAAUACUUUAAUUUUGGUUUAUUUUAUCAAAUUUGUGACUAAAUUACAGCCACAUAUCCUGAGCUGUAUUUAAGCUAUAACGUCCAUUAUGCCAAGCUGUCCCUUGUCCAUUUACUACAACACCAUUUGAUGUCUGAGUCUUCGUAACAGUCGUGUUUUGUAUAAAAAUUAUUGUAACCUUAUGUAUAAACAUUUAUUAUAGCUUAUUUGACAUUGUAGCAGCUAUUAAGACAUAAGCAGUGUUGUAUAUUUGGUCAUACUCCCCUACUUUCUUAAUAGUGGCUAAACUUCAUUUUGGAGUAUAAUACAUUUGUUUUGACAGUUUAUUCUCUUGUAAGUACUAUGAUCAUUACAGAAAAAUAUAUAACAUAAAACGUAUAUUUUAACAAAUAACGAGUUUGAAUAGAUUUACUUUAUUAUUAAACAUACAGUAUAUAAUUCAUUUAAUAAAAACAUUUUAUUACAAUUUUACAAAGGUUUUUACGGUUGAUGUAUUAAUAUUUUUGAGAGUGUCCACUACUUUAUUAAAUUAUUACAAAUUUGAAAAAUCAAGUUUUAUAACUUUAAAACAAAUAUUCAAACAGGACUAAAUGCUAAAAGUAAAUUAGAUAAUGUACAAAACAAAUAAGGUAUCGGAACUAUUUUUUUUAAUAGUAUUAGUAUUGUAUUAUUAAUUAUUAAAUUAAUUAGUAACUAAUAUUAUUUAAUUAUUUUAGUAUUAAAUUGUCUGUUAAUAUAGAUUGUUUUAGUAGAGUUGUUGAAUUUAAGGCUGUUGAUAUUAUAAACUCUUUUGUGUUGUACAACCCAAAUUUGUCAAUAUGGAAAAUAUAAUACAAUAUAUUAUAUUUACUAGAGUGAUUAAAAAAAAAUGCCGUACUGAGAUAUUUAUAGUAAAUUUACAUACUUGUGUUUGUCUUUGAAAUCUGAUAAAUAAAAUAGUAGUAAAUAAAAAAAAACACAAUAUUAUUCAAAUAUAUGUUGUUACUAUUUUUAAAUAUUUGUAAUAUUUAGAAUGUUGGACAUUUGCAAAGCAUUAUGGUGAAAACCUGAUAAUUAUAUUUUUCGGUGUGAAAUUGACCACAAAGCACUUUUUUAAUUCUAAGGUUUUUCUCCACCAUUUUACAAUAUACAGUUUACUUUUCUGAAUGAUCUUUUGUUUUAUUAAAUGAAAAUCAAAUCAUUACUGACAGUGCUGUUUUUUGAUGACCGUCUGUUCAUAUGAUUUUUCUAAAACUUACUUGUCAUCUUAAAAGUGUUUGGCGUAUAGAAUCGCACAAACCAGUAAAAAUAAAAAUAUAAACAAAGAAGCUAAAGUAUAAACCGAUACCAUGAUAAUCACAUUAAUGACCUUAAUAAGGUGAAAAGGUGUUGCAAAAGUGUACAAAAUGUACGCUAUGCAAAAGGUCACACGAAAGAAAAUUAUUAUUUUCAUUAAAAGAUUUGUUAAUUUUUAAAAACUUAAUAAAAGUCAAGGUCACUUGCCGAAAGAUAUGUUAGAAUAGAUAAAUCCUGAGUGGCUACACAUGCAGUAUUAAGUGCAACAGACUGGUGUGAGCGAUCUCUGUGCGUUAAGAGAACAAUUUUAAAAUAUAAUAACCUUACAAAAAUAAUCUGCUGGGUAUAUGUUGUUGUUGUUGUUGUACCUCAGUUGUAGCCAUGUUGUUCCUAAUUAAGUGUAUAUCUUGUUACAAUUCUCUUAUUCAUGAUGGACCAUUGAUUCAUUUGCUGUCUUUUAAGUUUUAUGCUCAUUUGUAAAUAUAUGUUCUCGUUAAAGUAUGUAUUUACAACCUAGUUAGUUUGUGUUGAAGUUUAACAGUUGUUCAAAUUAGUUAAGAUGCUAUUAAAAGGGGUGUGUGAUGCAUUGUUUGUUUUUUUUCGAGUACAGAGAUUAACAGAAUUAUACCUCUUUGACAUCUUACACCUCUCCAAUUGACGCAGGGGUUUCCAAAAUAUCUUGUUGCCAAUAUUGAAAAUUUUUGGUAUUUAACUGAACUCAUUAAUUAGGCCAAAUAUUAUAUUAGUCAAUCAAAUUUUAAGAACCCUGCAUCAAACACCCUCUAAUCAGUAUGUAUUGUUUACCUAUUAUUAGCUAUGUUAAUCUCUUUGUUUAUAGUUAAUGUUCCAUUUACUUCGUUACUUUAUUUUAUUAUAUAAACUGCUGAAUCGAAUAUUAGGUGUUUAUUAUUUUCAUCCUGUUAUCACUUUUCUAUAUGGGGAUUGGGUUUUCCAGUAUUUGUACAUUCUCGUUUCAAUUUUUCUUGUUCAUUAUUUUAUUACAGUUAUUUGUUACAGAAUAAUCUUAUGAGAGGUUCAGUUAAACCAAACGUUGAGUUAUUACAAGAUGUAAAAUAUGUUACCUUUUGAUGUUAUACAAGUUUAUGGAUUUAUUUUACAUUAUAGUUGUGUUAAUUAAUUUUUUUAAGAUGUAUUAGUGUUCAUUUUAUCAAUAAAGUUAAGUUUUUAAAUGUUAAUAUUUCUUACACAGUUUAAUCAAGGUUUACUGUUUUGAAAAGUUGUACAAAGUUCACUUGCUUUAUUCCUCCGAAGUCAAUUUCAAUCUAUUAAAAAUACAAAUAUAACAGAUAUUAAUGGUACUUUGUGUCGUAUUUUUAAUUGUGCAUCUACAUCUCGUAUGUGUUCAAUACUUAAAAUGCAGAAUGUCAACCAAUUCAUUCAUGCCUUGUUUGACACUUUGAGAUAUUUUGAAAAUUGCUUUGACCACUUGAAAUUUGUAUUAUUCUGUUAGUCAGUUCUUAAUGAUUAAAAUUAUAAAGAAAAUAGCAAAGUAUUAUUCUGCUUAUUAUUUUUGAGCCCAAUGUUUUUUUAUAAUUUCAUUAGUAGGCUGCCUCUUAUGGUGCUGCUUUAUAAGCUUCAAACUACAAAAUGCUUUAUUACGCAAUUUAUGUAUGGAUUUUAUUAAAGAAUAUUGUAAAUAAA